ACACCAUCGAAACAGAGCAGCUAUCUAUCAGCUAAGAACCCAAUGAAAGUCUCCGCCUUUUGGAUGUCGCUGGCCGUUGUUCUGGCCUUAGCGGAGAUCGGAGUGACCGAACAACACAUACCCACUACUCUGGAUGGCCCAUUUAAGCCAGUGACUCGCCGUUUCGACCCGUCGCUGCGUCGGGGCAGCGAUGACCUGCCCAUGACUGAUCCAAGGCUCAAGAAGAAUGUCACCUCAAAUUUCCCGGAACAGAUUGCUCUUGCGAUUUCUUCGCCUACUGCAAUGUGGGUUUCCUGGGUUACCGGUGAUGCCCAAAUUGGUCUAAAUGUGACCCCUCUUGAUCCUUCAUCGGUUGGAAGCGAGGUAUGGUAUGGGAAAGAAAGUGGGAAGUAUAGUAGCGUUAAGAAAGGAAGUUCUCUAAUUUACAGUCAGCUAUAUCCCUUUGAGGGCCUAUGGAAUUACACUUCGGGCAUUAUUCACCACGUGAAAGUUGAUGGUCUUGAACCGGGAACCAAAUAUUAUUACAAAUGCGGAGAUAGUUCUAUUCCAGCUAUGAGUGAGGAACAUGCUUUUGAAACUUUUCCUGCGCCAGCCCCAAACAGUUAUCCCCGCCGAAUAGGUGUUAUUGGAGAUUUGGGUCUGACAAGCAAUUCCACCACAACUAUUGAUCAUCUAACUUACAAUGAUCCUUCAAUGAUUUUAAUGGUUGGAGACUUAACAUAUGCGAACCAGUACCUUACCACAGGUGGGAAGGGAGCUUCAUGUUAUUCAUGUGCAUUUCCAGAUGCACCUAUUAGAGAAUCAUAUCAGCCCCGGUGGGAUGGGUGGGGAAGGUUUAUGCAGCCGUUGACCUCAAAAAUUCCUAUGAUGGUUAUUGAAGGGAACCAUGAGAUUGAACCUCAAGUUGAUGGGAUCACAUUCAAAUCUUAUCUGUCAAGAUUUGCGGUUCCUGCUGAUGAAAGUGGCUCGAAGAGUAACUUUUAUUACUCUUUCAAUGCUGGUGGUAUCCACUUUAUCAUGUUGGGAGCAUAUAUUGACUACAACAGUACUGGAGCACAGUAUGCUUGGCUGAAGCAGGAUCUGAAGAGCAUAGAUCGUAGUGUAACCCCUUGGCUGGUAGCUGCAUGGCAUUCUCCCUGGUAUAACAGCUACGCUUCACACUAUCAAGAAUUUGAGUGCAUGAGGUUGGAAAUGGAAGCACUUCUCUAUCAAUACAGUGUUGAUGUUGUUUUUACCGGCCAUGUGCAUGCAUAUGAGCGGAUGAAUAGAGUUUAUAAUUAUACAUUGGAUCCAUGUGGACCUGUUUACAUUACUGUUGGAGACGGUGGAAAUAUUGAGAAAGUAGAAGUUGAUCAUGCAGAUGACCCUGGGAAGUGUCCUUCUCCUGGAGACAACAUACCAGAAUUUGGAGGAGUUUGCCAUUCAAAUUUUUCUUUUGGUCCCGCCAAGGGCAGCUUCUGUUGGAGCAAACAGCCUGAUUGGAGCGCAUAUAGAGAAAGCAGCUUUGGACAUGGGAUGCUUGAGGUUACGAACUCUACGUAUGCCUUAUGGACUUGGCAUCGAAAUCAAGAUGCUUACGGGGAAAAUGCUGUUGGGGACCAGAUAUUCAUCGUGCGGCAGCCUGAGAAGUGCUUAAAAGACUCAAAAUUACAUCGAUCUCUUCCUCCUUCUGCCUCUUCCUCUUACUCUUCCUCUUCUUCUGCUGCUUCCAGAAGCCUCUCUCAUGGUUUCUCUCUCGUAUCACAGUUCUUUGGUGGUUUCUUUGUACUCUACCUUCUCAGUUGGAGUGGAAGAAGGUGCUGCAAAGUUCCUCAGCCAAAGUUUGCCUCCAGCUAGUGGGAUCAAAUGAUCUGUACAUAAAAUCAAAGUGGCCAAAUUCAGAGGCCUGACCACUUAGUCUUCAACAAUGCCAAGAGAUGCAUAUAUAAUGCAAUUCCCUCAAGAAGAUGCUUUUAUGUUGCUUAUCUAUGUAAGAAAUUUCAUAUAUUUUAGAUGGGCGUGGCUUUCAAGUUCUUGAGAAAUGAACUU